UAAAGUCGAUAUGGUUUAGGUCAUCGGAGCUGUCUCUCUUCUUCGAAAUGGCGGCUAUGCGGGAUGCUCUCCUGAGGCACCUUCGGGUGAGAGUGGGUUCUCCGUUUCUGGCGCCUGCGGAAGCCAUCAACUCCGCGCGCAUCCUGCGCCGCCGCUUCUCUGAAGGCGCCGCCGCCACCUUCCUUGAUAAGUCAGAGGUUGCUGAACGAACCAUAACCGUCGUUAAGAACUUCCAAAAGGUCGAUCCCUCCAAGGUCACACCAAAUGCUCAUUUCCAAAAGGAUCUUGGGCUUGACAGUUUGGACACUGUUGAGGUUUUGAUGGCUCUGGAAGAAGAAUUCGGGUGUGAGAUUCCUGAUAAUGAAGCAGAUAAGAUUGAUUCGAUUAAUGUUGCUGUGGACCUCAUUGCCUCACACCCCAAAGCAAAAUGAGAUACCCCAAAGACGAAAUUUCUUGUGUUUGUUAGUAUCAUCAGAUAAGAUAGAUGCAAGCCUCGAUGUAUUCAGAAGGUUGAGUUAUGAAUUGUUUUUCGUCCUGUUAAACACGCGUUGCAACUAGCAAGGUGCUUUUGUUUCCUUUAUUGUUUGAAAGAUGGAAUAAUUUUGUAAUUUCGUCCUCACUGAACGUUUGUAGAACUGCACUAGAUUCGAAGACUGUCUUGGAACAGCUGCUCAUUCUUCUACAUUUGGAAAGUUCACUCUCUUUGGACUA